GACCAAUGAGGACGAGGAAUGGCAAGCCAGUGGCUGGGGACGACGCUCCUACUGGCCACGCUGCUCAGCUCCCUAUCCAUCGCGGAAAUGCACGGCUCGGAGGUCGCGGAGCGCGCGCUUCAGGCCAUCCACGACGUGGCGACCGCCAACCUGGGCUCGCUGUGCGUCACCGAGCUGUACCGCUCGCUGGGGGCGGCCGUGCUGACGGGCCGCUUCGAGGCCAUCCGCCAGAAGGCUGACAUGGCGGCGGCGCUGCUGCACGAGCUCGGCGUCUCCAAGCACGAGGGCGUGCUGGAUGCCCUGGCGCGCGGCCUGCUGGGCGCGGAGCGGCUGGUGCUGGCGGCGCGCGCGCUGGCCCUCAACUCGUCCACGGGCUCCGUGGCCGCCGCGGCGCUGUGGCGGCGCCAGCCGGACCGCUCCCCGCUGCUGGAGCUGGACGAGCCGCGCCGCGACCCGGGGGAGCGACUCGACCCGGCGCUGCUGCCCUGGUACGAGGAGGCCGGCUCCAGCCCGCAGCUGCGCUCGCCCAAGUUCAUGGCCAGCCCCGGCGAGACCGCCUACCGCGGCUGGUUCACCUUCCCGUACUACUCGUGCGGCGUGCGGCGCUGGCUCGUGUCCUACAGCGUGGCGGUGCCGCUGCGGCGCGGGCUGAAGGGCUACCUGAGCCUGGACAUCGACGUGUCGGGGCUGGAGGUGAACCAGUGCGACGAGCCCGACGGAGGGACGAGGCCAGCCUCGCUCCAGAACCAGAUCCAGGCGUUCUGGGGCACGCACAAGUGCCACAACGAGUCGACCAAGUGCCAGCCGAGGCCGGGCAGGCACUGGGCGCGCGGCGCCUACGAGUGCGUGUGCCGCGACGGCUUCUACUCCGCCAGGCACCCGGCGGGCUUCGACGGCGCACUCGUCGAAGCCGCGUGGUCGGAGCAGCGCGCCAACGUCAGCUCGCUGUACGAGGAGGUGUUCCGCUGCAGCGCCUGCGCGCCCGGCUGCAGGCGCUGCAAGGACGGCUCGCCCUGCCUCGCGCCCUACAACUGGGCCUUCAGGAUCACGCUGCUGACGGCUUCCUGCUGCUGCGCCCUGUUCACGCUGGUGCUGGUCGGCUACGUGUACCAGCACCGCAGGAUCAAGGUGUUCAAGGUCGCCAGCCCCAUCUUCCUGUGCAUCACGCUGCUCGGCUGCGCCGUCAUGUACCUCGAGAUGGCCGCCAUAUUUCCAGUGCUGGACGUGUACGCGUGCAUAGCCACAAAAUGGACGCGGCACCUCGGGUUCUGCAUCACCUACACGGCUCUGCUGAUGAAGACCUGGAGGGUGUCGCUGACGUACCGCGUCAAGUCGGCGCACAAGGUGAAGCUGACGGACAAGCAGCUGCUCCAGUGGAUGUUCCCCAUCCUGCUGGUGAUGCUCAUCUACCUGGGCACCUGGACGCUGAGCGCGCCGCCCGCCGCCGAGGUCAUCGUGGACGAGGCGGGGCUCGAGUUCAAGCAGUGCGUCUACAACUGGUGGGACCACAGCCUCGCCAUAGGUGAAAUCCUGUUCCUGGCCUGGGGCAUCAAGGUGUGCUACAACGUGCGCAAUGCCGAGUCUCUUUAUAAUGAGGCCAGGCUCAUUAGUUACGCCAUCUACAACAUCGCUCUGGUCAACACAGCCAUGAUCGCCUUCCAUCUUUUCCUUCUUCCUCGCGCUGGACCGGACAUCAAGUACCUGCUGGGUUUUAUUCGUACCCAGCUGAGUACUUCUGUUACCGUUGGACUGGUGUUUGGGCCCAAGGUGGUGCGGGUCCUGCGCGGCCAGGGCGACCAGUGGGACAACCGUGCGCGCGCGCGCGGCGUCACCGCCUCCUUCUCGCUGAACGGCAUCGGCCUGGUGCCGGAGGAGACGGCCGACCUCUUCCAGGAGAACGAGGAGCUGAAGGAAGAGAUCCAGAAGCUGGCCGCCCAAAUAGAGUUCAUGAAGAUCGUGCACAUGGAGAUGAAUAACCGCCACCUGAAGCCCAAGCCGGGCGGGUACUUCAACUCGGCGAUGGUGUCGGUGCAGUCGCCGCCCGUGGGCAAGACGGGGGGCGGCGCCAAGGGGCCGGCGGAGGAGGCGGACGGGGGCGGCGCCACCGAGAGGGUCUGACUAGUGCUCAGUAGCGGGGAGGUGUGGUUGUGACUGGCUGCGGCGACGUAGCGUGUUAAGGCUGCCACCGCGCCAUCGGGAGGUCCGUGCUUCACGCGCGACGCUAGGUACUCCGACGGCUGCACUGCGCGGCCACAGAGCAUGGCCGUGCCAUGUCCCUCGGUUCUGCAUUCGGCAACCUAGCGGGGACGUCUGCAGCAAACUAGGCGGGUGCGAUGCCACCAAUUUUAUUGGAAGAUACUGAAUAUUCAAAAUUGGUUAACCUUCUUAGUAACUGCCGAAUUUCUGAAUGGCCAAAACAUAUCUGUUCAUUAACUUCACGCAGCAUAAAUACCCUCUGAUCAGGAACCCCAUUAUCACACUGUAGAAAUGUUGCAAACUAAAAUACAAAUAUGGAAAACUAUGAUAUUCUUACUCUCUUUACUUUAUUCCUAUGCUUUACAAUUUGCAUACUUAAUGUUUUUAUUGUAUGUUUAAUUUUUUUUAAAAGUGGACUUAUGAAUCUGACGAUUCAAAGCACUACGUAAUUUUAUGUUAAUAUGGUAAGUAAAGGUUUUUUUUAUGCAGUGAGGUGGCCUGUGAUUAAAUAUCAGAUAUUCACUUUAAUCUGACAGGUAGUCUUAUGCAAGCACUUAAUGUAAUGAACUAUGUUUAUAUUUGUAAAGGAAGAUGUAUGUAGUCAAAUCCUCAUUAAAUACUUGUAGAGGUACAUUUUUUUUUACUUAGCUCUUUUUACAUAAAAAACAUGCAUUAAUCACGUUGUUGCAUACUCAUUCCCAGUAUUGAACACUCUCACAAGACUACUUGAAUAGCUACUAUGAACAUUAAAUUGUCAAUGUACUGGGCACUUAAUUCCACAGUAAAUAAUUUUACUAUGUGUAUUUGGCUAAACACAAAAUUUUACAUGAGUGUGUAACUAACUGCCUAGUAAUGUUAUUAAAUCUAAUUUUUUCCCAAAUGUAAAUGGCAAUAAAUACUGUAUUUACCCGAAAAUAAUGCGAAUAAAAAUAUAGUGCAACCCCAAACUUUUUGAUUAUCAGUUGGUGAAAAGGAUUUUAUGGAUUGGAAAUCGCAAUUCAAUUACAUAGCAUUUCAAAACUAUUUAAAUGAUUAAAUUUAGUCCAUAUUUACAAGACCCUUUUGGGUGCCCCUUUUGUCAAAAAAGAGUGAUUUAUUACAUGGUCUCUUUUAAAAUACCAUGCCGUAGUUAGAAAAAAGUUGUGUUUCUUGACUACAGUUCAAAAACAGUGGCUGUUCAGAAAGCAAAGGUGACGUAGGGUGGGAGGGUGAAAGAGGAGGCACAAUGAGGAAAAGCAGAAAGAACCCACUGACUGACAAACUUCAUUUACACCCUCUCCUUCAUUCCGCAUAUCUCAUCUGUCACGCCUAUGCAGAGGUUCCGGAAGCCCCGGACUAGAGGUAUAAGUGAUGAAGUUUACGGGCAGAAUGGGUAGUUCAAGAGCAUGUAGUUUUUCAACUAAGUUGUUCAGAUACAAGUUUGAGAUAUUAAUGUGACCCCCACUUUUAGUUUCCACAGUUUUGGUAAAAAAAAAUCAUAGCAUUAUAUUCAGGUAAAUACGCUAGAUGCAAUGACAGGUCACCUUUCCAGCAUAUAACGAAAAUAAAAUACCUCUAAUAAAGUGAAAUUCUUCAGUUCUUUAAUGUGUAUUUUAUAAAUCAAAGUAACAUAUUUAUUUUUAAGAAUAUACAUAUUUUACUACCAUUCUUUUUGCCUGUAAAAAUAAGUGAAGCAGUAGCCUUACAUUAAGUUAUCAUCAACAACCAAGAAACAAAGAUGUACAUGUUGGCCUACAUGUCUGGCAGUUAAACAAAAAUAAAAUUACAGCUGUAUUGGGUGUUAGAUAUCAAUAGCGUUCCGUGAAUGUGCAGUACCCCAGAUCCUUUAACUUGGCAUGAAAGUUUAUCGCAUACGGCUCGCAUGAAUGUUGUUUUUAUAUCAUGGUUUCAGGUGUGUGCUGUAAGUUCUCCUUCCUUCUGUCAUACAUCAACAUAUCAACAUUCGUAUUCGAAUUAAAUCCAGCUGAAAAAUUUUAAUCAUAAACAAGUCUUUAAGCUACUUAUGCAAGAAGUUAAACUCGAUAAACAUUUUUUUCAUGUUUCCAAACCAAAUUUAAAACACAGACAAAAAUUAAUAUUUUUUUUUUUUUAGAUUUUUAUCUUUGAAGGACCCUAUCUGCAGAUGGAAAAAAAAAUCCAAACAGUAUUAGUACUACUAAAAACAUAUAUGCCAACUUUAAAAACAUAAAUCUCAACAUUAAAAAAACAUAAUCUAUGACGUGCAUAUUCAACUUAUGACUGAAAAAACUUGUAAAGUUUUCAAAAGCUCUGCAAAAAAUAGGUAAAUAAAAAUUAUAUAUAUAUAUACACACACACACACACACACACACACAUAUAUAUACACACACAUAAAAGUAAUUUUUAGAUGAUUGUGUAGCUAAGAAAGAGGUAUCAAACUAAAUAAAAAAUUAUACAUUAUUUUUUAUUUUGAGCCAUGCACAAGUGUUGUAAUAAUAGUCACUGGUCCAAGCAAUGGCAAUGCAUAGAUACCGCUAAAUAUUUGUAUGAAAGGUCAUGAAAAAAUCUAAGUUUGAUAAAACUAUUUUUUGUUCAGCUUUCAUUACCAAUGGUCAGGUUCAGUAAAACAAUCUUUUAAUUAUAGAUAAGCCAUUUGCAUUUGGCUUAUUAAUUUAUUCUCCUUCAGCAAGUCAAAAGGUUCUAAUGUUCGUACAUUACAACCUAUUAUAUUACCUUAUCUAUGAACCACACAUUCAGCUGACAUUUAGGAAUGAAGCAGUGAUUCUAAUUUCAGCAAACACGCUGUGGAUUCUACAACACAUUGGUUAUUAUUCUUUUUACAUUCAUUAUCAAUCUACACACAGUGAAUCAAAUACUGUUUAAAUAAAUAGGGUUAAUUGGAGUAGAAUAACAAAUGUUCUUAAAUGAUUUGCUGUGAUUAUUCUCUCUAAGGAUUGUAUUCAGGGGUAUCUUCUAAGCAGAGCAAGUAUUGCCCUGAGGCGGUUCUUAUAUUACAGACACACCUGUUAUGUCAAGUUUUAGACACAUGUUCAUUAUAAAAAGUGAGUUUAGUUUACUCAAAUUUUAAUAAUUACAAAAUUUCUUAAGUUAGCUACACAACUGCCUAGAUUAAAGUUCCAGGCUAGCUUAAAAAAAAAAAAAAAAUUGUUUUAAAGGGUUUUAUUUUAACAAAUUUUCCAGGGUAGGGCUCUGGAAUUCCUUCUUUGGUUGGGGCUAUUUCAUUCACCAUAGGCCCCUCUCCCUCUAAAACUUUAAGGCUCCAGGCCCAGCAAAGUUUAGGGCCGCUACUGUCACUUUUGAAUAAUAAUAAAAAAAAAUCUUUAUUUCAGAUGAUUUGAAUGUCUAGAUAUGCAUAAAUUUGUUAGUAUUUCAUUAAAUAUUUGUGACUUAUUAUCAUGACUAUCAUUACA